UCUUUCGCCCACCACGGCCUGACACUCUUUCAAUUGCGACCGCUGCGCCAUUACACGCUCACUAGAUUGCUUCGAAAGUGAUAUAGACCUGUUUCCAAGAUACUUAAUGCUCUAUAAUUCGCCCUUUCCGCCCUCCCUUCUCUCCUCUCCUCCCACCCCCCAGCUCCUCUCUGUUACACCCGGCAGAUCCUCUUCUUGCACCCAGAGCAGUGCCAUUCCUUCUUUGUACAUGCCCACUUUACCACGAUGGAUCCGGUGAUUGGGGAGCCCUUUCAGGAGCACGAAAAGCGCUACAUGCUCACAGAAGCGCUCAGGGCGAGCACGAUCCCUCUCGAAAGGCUUUAUAUUAUGCUUCAAGAAGCAAAUGGACCACCGGCAUGGGAUGAUAUGGUUCUUCCUCGUGGGCGAACUUUAAAACAGUGUAAAGCUGCGUUCGAGAGCCUGCGACCUGCUCUUCCUCCUCCUCUUCCUCCUCAUCCUGUUCACGCGUACCCGGCACCGACCCAGCCUUUUCAAAUUCCACCGAAACGCAAAUCUGAAUCUGCAAUACUUGGGCCUCCUUACAUGCAAGCAGAACCUCCUGCAAAGCGAAGACAAUCCGGAAUGGAACCUAUGGUGGGCGCUCGAGAUAUCCGUCCAAAGCCGCCAAAUGGUGGUUCUCCAAUCUCGAUGAGUUCCACGCCGCCCACUGCUCCACAAAAGCGACGAGGCCGUCCUCCCAAAGCGGAAGUAGAUAGAAGGAAUCGAGAUGCAAUGCAAAGGGGCGAGGUCUUUCCAGCUCAAUUUCUACCUCCAACAACAGAAGAGUUUGCGACAAGUCCUUAUACCCCCAUUGCGCCAACACCUCCAGUUUUGGCUCCAGGCCCACCGACUCCCCAAGGUUACAUCGAGCAGACUCCACCAGACACUCAAGCAGAAGAUUCCCCAGGCAGGAAAAAAAGGCCGAAAGCACCACCAAAGCCAAAGGCCGCCCCGCCCAGACAACCUGGUGAAGGCAGCUUCUCAGUAAAUCCGCAAUUGCCAAUAGUAAGAGAGCCUCAUGUACAUCCACCAGUACCGAACAUUGCAGCCAUAACGGAAUUGGAGCAAACUGGUCCAUCCCCUCAGUCAGCUCCAAGUGUUAUGCCGAGCCCUGUAUCAGCGACAAUCGAAGCAGCAACCUCAGCAGAAUCUCAACCUUCAGCACAAGCCGCCUCCUAAAUUCUAUAAGCCCGUUUCCUUAUAUAUUCGACGCCAUUUUAGGAUUCUAUGACACGUCCUACGGCCAGAAUCCCAUGGACCAGUUCGUUUUUUAACGGCCCCUACGAUCGAUCGAUGAUCGACUUACUAGAGUUACGCCUUCAACGAUCGAAAUUUGAUGGACAGCAACUAUUACGCAAUCCACGAUUACUUCUAAUGUCCUAAUUCCUUCGACGAAACAUAUUU